CGUCCACCCCGUCGAUAUUCCCGCCGCUCGAUCUCGUGACUGCCUCUUGAAAGCCGCCUCCCAGAACUGCUGCCUUUCUCCGGUGGUUCCGUUCGGCGAAUGACAGAGCGCGUUACCAAAGCGACAGGCGCGUACCGCGGUUGAGAGCCAGCAGCAAGAAGGCGCGUUCCUGCUUCUAGUCUGAGACGGCCGCCCGUUCAUGCUACCCCAGUAGCCGGCGCCAGCCCAAUCCAGGUACACACCAAGCGAUGACCCCCCCGCCUCGUCGCUCUAGUCUCGGAAUGUUACUUCGACGUAGCAAAAGCAGCGACCUGAAGAGGCAGCAGGCGGCAAAGGAGCAGGAGCUCCAGCGCCAACGCGAUGCCGUCUCCAAGUCUCCACCCCGCCUUCCACUCCCUGUCCUCUCCCCCGCAUCCCAGCUUGGCCUAGGCGGCGACAAUCGUCCCGACUCUCUCGCGAUUGUCAGUGGAAGGGCGGAACAAAUGUCGGGCGCCACCCCGCGGCCUUCAAUGGAUCCGCCGCGCUCUGUGAUCAGCGUACCGCCGCCCCCGAUCCCCAACGGCGGCUUCGACCCUUACGCGCACACCGGCAGCAUGGCACACCGUGGUCGCUACAGCUACGCCAGCAGCGCCAUCAGCACCAUCAACAGCCCUAGGAGGGUUCGGAGAAGAAAGGAUCCCACUCCCUUCAACAUUCUCAUUGUUGGCACCACGAAUUCUGGCAAGACGUCCUUCCUCGAAUUCCUCAAGACGGCGCUGGCACUGCCUGCAAAGAAGCAGUCAAAGAGCACCAUCGACCCGGACGAUCUUCCUCGGGUGUCGCCCUCCGGAAACUUUGUCCCUCACUAUCUGGAGACCGAGAUCGACGGCGAACGUGUCGGCCUGACACUGUGGGAUUCCGAGGGCUUGGAGAAGAAUGUGGUGGACCUGCAGCUUCGCGAGAUGUCGAGCUUCCUCGAGAGCAAAUUCGAAGAGACCUUCACCGAGGAAAUGAAGGUGGUGCGGUCCCCGGGGGUACAGGAUACCCACAUACAUGCCGUCUUCCUUAUCCUGGACCCCUCGCGUCUCGACCGGAAUAUCGCAGCAGCGAAGGCCGCCGCGGCAAAUGGCCAACACAACCGCGGGAGGUACUCACCGCACGCUCGCAUUCUGGGCAGCCUGGACGAGGAUCUUGAUCUACAGGUCCUGCGGACGCUGCAGGGCAAAACGACCGUGAUCCCGGUGAUCUCGAAGGCCGAUACCGUUUCGACAAAACAUAUGAGCGUCCUGAAGCGGACCGUCGCAGACAGCCUCAAGAAGGCAAACCUCGACCCGCUCGAGGCGCUUGGGCUGGACGACGAUGACGAGGGCUCCACGCCUGAUUCUAGCCGGAUCGUGGAAGAGGACGAGGAUCAAGCAUCUACGCCCGGCGAAGCGGAGGCGAAAGACGAGGGCGAAGACGCGCCAGCUGAGGGUGAAGGCUCGGACUCGCCUCCCAAGUCUGGGCGGCUGUCCGGUGGUUCCGUCCGUCGGCACAAGGUCUCGGAGGAGGGCGCCAAGGAGGAGGAGGUACCCUUUCUGCCGCUUUCGAUCCUGAGCCCAGACAUUUACGAGCCCGACGUGGUGGGACGGCAAUUUCCCUGGGGCUUUGCCGACCCUUACAACGAGGAGCACUGCGAUUUUGUCCGCCUCAAGGAGACAGUGUUCAGCGAGUGGCGCGGUGAGCUCCGCGAGCUCAGCAGAGAGCAGUGGUACGAGGGCUGGAGGACGAGCAGACUCAAGCAGCAAGGCACGAAGGGACACCGCUGAAAAGUUGACAGGCGGAUGGUCGGCCCAUCGGCCGCCUAUCUGCUUCGCCUUCAGUCCGGCCUUCCCGACGCCAGCCAUUCACGCCCCUUCUUCCUCACCAGUCUCCCUGCUUUCUCUUGCUCUCUCGAGGACGCCUACACCCUGGGUGGAUACCGAUGCAAUUACUUUCAUUUGCAUUUUGUCCAGUCAACUCAGCGCAACUCAAAAAAUCGCGACGACAUCAUACCCGAUUCGGUCGACCCGGUCUUGUUUUUAUUGAUUUUCUUUUCGAACUGCAUCUGCCCCG